AUGGUUCGAAGCCGCCGCCGUUCUCAUUUGGUCAUCCUUGUUAAACAAUUGUCCGUCAAACAACUGGGUUGUCCUUGUUGUCCUUGUCCUUGUCCUUCCAAUACCUGCGAAGACUAUCGAAAUCAGGCGGAAGUUCUUAACACUUCGCAAAUCGUGCGUGCAAACAAAAUUCAAGCAGAAAACAAAGUUACCUUCGCCUUCGACGAUAUUGCUAAAAAUAUCAAAACAAGUUUUGAAACCACACAAACUAUUCGGUACAAAGUACAAAUAGUCACCACUGCACUGUGUGGUCUUGUUCAACAUCGACCAUAUUGCAUUGCUGGAAGCCGCCGGUGUCCACAAUUGCUCACCGAUAUUCAACAGCAAGCCGUCAAAGAACUGCGUUGUCCUCGUCACCGCACUCAACUACUAGCUAAAUUAUCGGCAUCAGAGUGUAACGAUCAUAUCGGGUUCCUAAGCAACGAGCACCAAGUUGAUUAUUCCGUUGAGGCAAACCAUCACUGGCGACAAUCAGAUGGCAAAAUACUCACAAAAGUGAACGAAAACAAGCGGUCUAUUGGAUAUCCGUCAGAUCAGAUCAGAUCAGAUCAGAUCAGAUCAGAUCAGAUCAGAUCAGAUCAGAUCAGAUCAGAUCAGAUCAGAUCAGAUCAGAUCAGAUCAGAUCAGAUCAGAUCAGAUCAGAUCAGAUCAGAUCAGAUCAGAUCAGAUCAGAUCAGAUCAGAUCAGAUCAGAUCAGAUCAGAUCAGAUCAGAUCAGAUCAGAUCAGAUCAGAUCAGAUCAGAUCAGAUCAGAUCAGAUCAGAUCAGAUCAGAUCAGAUCAGAUCAGAUCAGAUCAGAUCAGAUCAGAUCAGAUCAGAUCAGAUCAGAUCAGAUCAGAUCAGAUCAGAUCAGAUCAGAUCAGAUCAGAUCAGAUCAGAUCAGAUCAGAUCAGAUCAGAUCAGAUCAGAUCAGAUCAGAUCAGAUCAGAUCAGAUCAGAUCAGAUCAGAUCAGAUCAGAUCAGUUCAGUUCAGUUCAGAUCAGAUCACAUUAGAUCAGGUCGCCGGGCAGGCCCACUUGCCCUUCCUGGCAUGAGUGAUCCACCGGCAGGCCCGAACCGAAAACUACGGCAGAUCGAUUCAGUUCAGUUCACUCCACUUCUGAUUCUUAACGGAUCUAAUAACGGAAUAAAAGGCAAGAUGGACUGA